UGAGGACUUGGAUGAUGAAAUGUCUGGCCUAGAUCUACAAAACACCCAGAUGUGCCGUCCCUGCCUGGGACAAAAAUCUCUGAUAUGCUCUUAAUGGACUCCAGUCCAUCAGAGAGCGGGAGACUGCGAGGCCAGUGGACACACAGGUGUGCAAAAUAUCACCGGAGGUAAUUGACAAGCGCAGACGAGAUGACCUGCAGAGAAAAGUGAAAGGGGUUAGCGCUCUAUUUGAAGAGGGACUCAUGGGGGUCAGUGCCGGUGAACUCUUCAGCUAAUGGAAAAUCCAUGUUGCACUGAUGCAUGAGGAAACUGAUAUCCUCAUUUGGAUAAACUGAACGUUACGAGACUUCAGCAAGAGUUUGGCGCAACUAUCCAACGGUGAUGCCGGAGGUCACUUCCACCAGAAGUGAUAAGCUAACAUCCAAAGGCAUUAUGUUUUUAUGCAACACCACAGCCAUCAAGGACUGGAGUUAUUUUCUCUCUCAGAUCUUGCCUCUUGUGAAUAAAUCAGCGGGAUUUGUUCAGGAUCGGGUGGAGGCUGUUACGAGCACCAUGGUGACGGCUCUGGAGCCCGAUCUGACCGGGAUGAGCGCUAGUCACCCGCCGCUCAACUCCAAUCACACGUCCGGGACGGAGCACGUCUUUCAGUACUCGUACUCCGAGAGUGACCUGCAGUACACGGACUACAGGACGCCGCCAAGGGACUCGAUACCGCUGCCCAAGGCGGUGCUGUACCUGGUCAUGGCCGCGCUGGUGGUGGUGGCCGUGGCGUACGCGAUCGUGGGGCACCUGGUGAAGGAUCUCGUGCAUGAGUGUUUGGAGUGGGUGUUUGGGCCUCGUUCAGACGACCGCAGGAGCAAGAGCGAGGUGAACUGCAUCAGCAGCAGCGUGAAUGAAAUGAGCGAACUCUCUCGUCCGGUGGACAUCGUGUACAAUCACUCCGACUCCCCGAACACCAUCAAACCGGAAGAGCUGGUGGUCACCAUCGACGAGACCUCGCAGCUCCCUCGCGAAGCUUACAGUGGAACCUAACUGAGAAAAACAACCACGCUUUGAUCCAGCCCUUUAUUACGAGGAAGAAAAGCAUGUUUGCUUCAGUUUGAUCGGCAUCCGUGAGCCGCUGCAGUGAAGUCAAACGACCUUUGGUGGUCAUGAUCAGGAAAACUGAGGAAGAUGGGAGACUUUAGUAUGGAAU